AUGGUUGCCUCCCCCGACAGGGCCUUGCUUCGGGCCACCACAUUUGGGUGCUCGGCUGGCGGGUUAGAGCAGCUUCUGGCCCAGCGGGCAGACAUCCAUGCAGAGACAGAUCGUGGGCAGAGUCCCUUGCAAUUGGCUGCCAAGGCGGGUCAUGCCCAUUUGGUCGAAGCCCUGGUGGCUGCCAGGGCGGAUCCCGACCACGGAAACUCCUGCGAUGGGACGCCCCUGUACAGUGCAGCUUACCAUGACAAUGAAAAGGUCGUGGACGUUUUGCUGCGCUGCAGGGCAGAUAUAAAUUUGGCCUUCCACCGCUGCCCACCACCUCUCUUUGGUGCGGCCCAUACUGGGAAUUUGGAGCUGGUGCAGAAACUCUUAGCAGAAAGGGCCAAUGUAGAUGAGAAAGCCAACUGGGAUGGAAGUACUACUGCAAUUCUGCAGACCUCUCUCCACGGGUACUCGCAAGUGGUGGCAGAACUCAUCGCAGCCCGUGCUGAUGUGAAUGUCCGCCGCACCGAUACCACGGUCAUGGACUGCGGAGCCACGUCGGUGCUUCUGGCCGCCAAGCGGGGUCACGCUGAGACGGUGAAGCUUUUGCUACAGAGCAGGUGCAGUGUGAAUGCCAGCAACACAAAUUCUGAAAGCCCGUUGUUUGGAGCAGCCUUUCACAAUCACCCUGAAACCGUGCAAGUGUUGCUGGAGGGAAGGGCGGAUCUUCAGCAAAGAGCUGAAGUUGAGGAUAUGCCCACAGCUUUACAUGCUGCGGCCAAAAGGGACAACCUGGAGGUUGCUCAAUUGCUUCUGAUUGCCAGGGCUGAUCUCACAUGCCUUUCUCCGGAUGGGCACUCGCCAUUGGAUCUGGCCAAGAGCGAUGAAAUGAGGCAAAUCCUGGGCGGUGGACAGAAGAGGGCCAGGUCUGAAAAUGCCGAAAGUCCUGGUAGCCCAGGAUAA